UUGACAACAACUUGGAUUUUUCACGAUGGCGGAGAAAAAACAGGUUGGAAUUCAAGGGAUUUUGAAGUUAGGCACACGACCACAGUGUGAAAUAGUGGGAAAACACGAUCAAACUAUUGAUUUGGAACCUGAAGGCAUGAGUACUCGUGUUUACGUUGGCGAUUGUACAAAUUGUCAGUUUGUUUUGAAGAAGAAAGCGGCAAAUGUUUUGAUCGAAAAAUGUCAAGAUCUGGUUCUAACUAUGUCUGCUGAGCUCGUAUCUGGAACUCUAGAAAUUGUGAAAAGUUCGAAGAUUUCGAUUAAAAUCAGCCCCAACAUAAAGAUUCCAACAAUAACAGCUGACAGCACAACAGGACUUCAAGUAAUUUUGUUGGAAAAUGAAGAACAAUUGGGGAGCUUAUAUUUCCACGAAUCAUCAGAUUUAGCCAUCACAGUGCAGGGUGUGGCGUUGAGAAGAAAGAGUAUGCAGUCAACCCAGUUGCAGAUGCCUCAGGCAACCGUCAAUUUAUUGCACACUGGGUACAGAGUGAUGGCAGUGUUCAGUUGA